GCACGGGGAAGCUGUGCUGCGAUACCUGUCUGUCGUGUCGCAUAUGUUGCGUUAUUUAUUUUUUUACACCAAAAACACAUGUUUACUGCAAUCAAAAGAUGUGUUUUCUCGCGUAGUGUUCUGAAAUUCUCUAGCAACAAAUUAAAUUUCUAUGAUGACGUUAGAUAGUAGCUGAUAGUGUGUUUUUCAGUGAAUUUAAUGCGGAUACACAUGUAUAAAAUGUUUCUGUUAACAAUGGCUGUCUUACUUGUUCACCUGGAUAAUUUUUGUAUCUCUACACCUUUACAACCUUUGAAGCCAGGAGCGCCUAUCAACGCGUUCAUCCGACAUUACGAACCGGUGAAAUACGAUGCGCUCCACCUCAAACGGCAUCGCAGGUCAGCCACUAACAGGAACGCAGUCCCGCUUAAAUUCAACAUUAAAACACAGCACAGAACUUUCAACCUGGUUUUGACACCCGACCACGGACUCUUCGCUGAGGAUGCCGUCUUUGAAGCCAGCAACGGGAGAAGGGUCACCUUUGAUCCUGGUAAAGCUUACACGGGCGUCGUUGAAGAUGAAGAAGACACCCUGGUGCACGGGAUCAUCACGGACGAGGGGCUCUUCGACGGGACGAUCCUGACGCCCUCGGAGGAGUACUACAUCGAGCCGCUGAGCCGGUACUUGAGCGGGGGCGACCAGUCCCCGCCCCCGGCCGGCGACCCGGACAGUUACCACACGAUCGUCUACCGCAGCUCGGACGUGGAGAAGCCCGGCACCCCGUUCUGCGCCUCCGAGAUGCUCAACAAGCGGAAGAAGUCCCGCAAGUCCUCCAACAACCACCACAACCGGAACCCGGCCCGGCACGACGGAGCUCCCCGCGACCCCGCAUCUGUAAAUUCAAAUAAGUUUAGUGAUAAUAGGUUAAGCUCCCUGAACUUCAGCCACCAGCUGAACGAAGAGCGGCCCAGGGCGCGGACCGCACCCGAGGAACCCAAGACUGAGAGUAGUAUCUUGUCCGGCCCGAGGGACCGUGAAAGCUCAUCCGGCCCGAGGGACCAUGAAAGUUCAUCCAGCCCGAGGGACCGUGAAAGCUCAUCCGGCCCGAAGGACCGAAACCAGGCGGAUUUUUUAGACCGAACCGGAAACUCCAUCCUGGCCGACCUGUUCCUCGGCCACAAGCAUGAAGUUCUCUCACGGCCUAAGAGGUGGUUCGUCGUCAUGAACGAGACGUCACACCCGAACGCGAGCUCCACGAGGGGUCAGCCCACCUCGACGACGACGCCGAGACCCCGCAACAUCAUCUCCAACAUCUACAACAGCGACAUCUACUCGGUGCGCAACAACAUCAUCCGGCUGAAAGCGCCGCCGACGAUGGCCAACAUCACGAGACCCCGCCACGUCCUCCUGAACGAGUUCCACACGGAGCGGGACGGUCUCCUGGUGGGUGCGGGGAGCGCGGGUCCCGGGUUCGAGUCCAACUCGCUCGACGACGACGAUCUCCGGGCCCACGUCCGGAAGAGGGCCACCAUCGACCCCCGCAAAACCACCUGCAUGCUCUACCUCCAGGCGGACCACCUCUUCUUCGAGAAGUACGGCACCGAGGAGGCCUGCAUCGAGGUCAUGACCCGCCAUGUCCAGAGGGUCAACUCCAUCUACAAGCACACAGACUUCAAUCAAGAUGGACAGUCAGACAAUAUAAGUUUCAUGAUCAAAAGGAUAAAAGUACAUUCUGGAGACGCCAUGAAUGACCCCGCUUACAGAUUUCCAGGGAAUUAUGGAGUGGAGAAAUUUUUAGAAAUUUUUUCUGAGGAAGAUUAUGAUGCGUUUUGCUUGGCUUACAUGUUCACUUAUCGUGAUUUUGAAAUGGGGACAUUAGGAUUAGCAUGGACUGGCGAUCUUAAGAAUGCUGGUGGAGUUUGUGAAAAGAAUGGACACUACCGCGGCAGUAUGAAGAGCUUAAAUACUGGUAUUGUAACACUAUUGAACUAUGGUAAACAUGUUCCUCCAGCUGUUUCUCAUGUGACCCUGGCUCAUGAAAUUGGACAUAACUUUGGCUCACCGCAUGAUCCUGAAAUCUGCACUCCUGGUGGAGAUGACGGUAAUUUCAUCAUGUUUGCUCGCGCAACGUCUGGUGACAAGAGGAAUAACAAUCGGUUCUCUCCAUGCAGUCUCAACAGUAUCAAUCCAGUUCUUAAUACGAAAGCUCGGUCUUCCAAGGGAUGUUUCACAGAACCUCAAGCCUCAAUUUGCGGCAACGGUGUUGUUGAAGGAGAUGAGGAGUGUGAUUGCGGUUGGGAAGAAGACUGUUCCGAUAAAUGCUGCUAUCCUCAACGGCGUUAUCCGCCAAUCGAUGAGCCACCAUGCCAUUUAACUCCGCGCAGCCAGUGUAGUCCCAGUCAAGGUCCAUGUUGUACAACCGACUGUGCUUUGAAGUUUGGUGACAAAUGUCGAGAUGAUAAUGGUUGCCGAGACUCUAGCUUCUGUGAUGGGAAAGGCCCCUCUUGCCCGCCGUCCAUUAACAAGCCAAAUAAAACUAUAUGCAAUGAAGAAUAUGUCUGUUUUAUGGGGGAAUGUACCGGCUCCAUUUGUCUGGCUUACGGUCUGGAGUCCUGUCAGUGUAUUCCUGGGCCAAAUGAUCCACCUACUAAAGCUUGUGAACUGUGCUGCAAAGCUCCGGGUGAAAACCAGCCCUGCCUAUCAUCUUACAAGUGGAACAGUGCUCCAUAUGAUGUUCCCGAUAUGCUCUCCAAACCAGGCACACCUUGCAAUGAUUACAAUGGCUACUGUGAUGUGUUCCAGCGGUGUAGAGAGGUUGAUCCAUCCGGGCCUUUAGCCACUUUAAGGAAAUUGUUAUUGUCGGAGGAGAGCAUCGCGUCAUUCAAACGAUGGACCAUUGAUCACUGGUAUUACUCAUCUUUAAUAGUUUUCUCAUUCGUCCUCAUUUUGGUUCUAAGCACAAGACUUUUCGGAAAGCGUCCAGAUCUGAAGCUGAAGGCCGUAACAAUCAUUCAUAGCUCAACAACAGAAACAGUGAGGCUUCCUCCGCCAGAUGCUAGUGGUCCAGGCGUCACUGUACAUCCUGCCAUCAAAUCAAAACUGCCUCUAAAACGUAAAGUUCGUGGAGACGGAAGGAAAAUUGUUGCUAGCAAGGUGAAAAAAGAAAACAGCUCCGGUUCCAACGUCAAUAAUAACAACAGCCCGAUUGGAAAAGGCAAGAAGGCAGAGACUCCUGCAACCAAAGAAUCUGAAAAUUCAAAACCGAUGGAUUCAACUCCCGAGAGCUCACCAACAAGGAAAGUUCAAAAGAAAAGCAAAAAUAUAUCGAAAGAUAAAAAGAAAUAUGUUAAAGUUCGGAAGUUGGAUGGUGACGGAAAGACAGGUAAAAGUAUCUCUUCAAAACCUCCAGAGGAUGAUCCUUUUGGAAAAGUUCGUAAUUGGUUGCUGAAUUCUCAUAUUGACGGCCUCGCUUCCGUUCGUAAAUCCAAAUCCUCCCCAGCUGGUUUCAGUCCAAAUAGUGGUCCUCAAGACUCGGCAAAUGCUUCUGCGAAUCAAUUGAAUAGUAAAGUAGUGCAAAAAGUCGAACCAAGAAAUGCCUCUUCGACUGAAAACAAAAGCAAUGACCAGAAAGUAAAACUGCAGGUUGUAUAUAAGCCAGCCUUCAAAUUUUACGUGAAACUGAAAAAGCCACCGUGCGAGACGCAGACUAAAGUGGUAAAAACUAAGCCAAAACAGCCUGUAAAUCCUGCAAAACAAAGGGCGCUUAUUCUUCUGAAAGCGGAAAAGAACAGCGAGCAAAAAAUACGUCAAGAGAAAAAGAAACAGAAAAAAUUGGCCGAACUAGAAAAGAAACUAGUCUCUGAAAAGAAAGAAAACGUUGCUCUUCAGAAGAAGAGUCGCCAUAAGGACAGAGACUCGCCGGAUGGACCAUGUGAUGCAUCAGCUGGAGAUGCUAGUCCACCAGUGUUUAGUAAUGAUAUUGAGAAUAUACCCAUGGGGAAACAUUCAGAUCAGGUUAAGCUAAUUGACAAGAAAGAACCGUUGUACGCUAAUACAAGUGCAGCACCAAGUAAUCCAGUUUAUGAAAAUGUCAAGACAAAACCUGUAGAUCUGCUACGAAUGACAUCCACCGAAUGUAAAAAGCCGCUGCAGGAGCCAAUAUUAUCUCAGCACCAGUUGACAGGCUCAAGCAUGCCAGAACCUGGAGAGUUGAGUCAGCGCAGCUCCUCAAAAAAGUCCCCAGGAAACUCAAAUGAUCGGAAGCAAUCAUCUGCCAAAAGUAAAAAGCUUCACCAGAUAAGUCAAGAUGCUUCUCCAGUCAAUUUAAUGAGGUUUCCUUCUGUCGAGAAUGCUCAAGAUAUUAAAAUUAAUCCUAGUGUUAGUGAUAAACCAGAGAUCAAUUCUGAUCUCAAUGAAACCCUCUUAGAUUGCUUGUACUCAAAUUGUGAUAAAUCGCGGAAAUCGGACAGACUCUCAGCCAGUUUCUCAACUAAAGCUUCCCAACAAAUAAGUGAUCCAAACUAUUUAGAAAACCGUAAGUCUUUUUACUUAGCUAGACCGCCAGGUGAUUCAGAUCAAGGAUGUCUCAAACGGUCUCCGAGUUAUCACAUUAAUGCGUCAGAAGCUUCGCAGAAGCAUCCGCUCAAUCAGUUAGCUCGGAAUCUUAGUGUUUCCCCGAAUAAUGCCGAUCUUGCGUCGGCAGAGUCUAAUCAUCGGAAAGAUGAAUCAAAAAAGAGUUUCAGUAAAAACUGUGAUCAAAAAGUAGUGAAAUGUAGUCCUCCAAGCACCGUCCAUAAAGCACUUCCUUCUAGAUCUUCCAGUAGUUCCCAGGUGAAAUCAGUUGGGAAAAGCACUGUCAGUCAAAAGUCACGCAGUAAUUUAGAUUUGUCUCAUCCUUCCAAUUUAUCCAAUUCGAGGGACCCAGUUUGUUGAUAGUAGCUAAUGCUGUAAUCGGCUGAAUGUAUGACUCUUUUUUUAACCUCUCUCUGAGACAGUUGAAAACCUAUGCGGCAAUAUAGGGUGAACUACGUUUUUGCAUUCAGCGCAUGUACGUCUCACAAUGUUUAUAAUAUGAAAUUUAAAUAUCUCAAUUUCUAAGCAUAACGAGACGUACUUUUUUUGUGAUAAGAUGGUCUUAUUGUAUUGACAAUCAAGUACUCUAAAUGUAAUUUGUAUCAAAACGUCAUUACAAUGCUUUAAAAACAUGAUAAAAUAACAUCAAUGGGAAUCAAUCGGUAACUCAGUGAGGGGCUUAAGGAGAACGCAUCCUUUUUUUUGUAGGUUUAAUAUUAAAGCUGCAAAAAUGUUUGCUUCAAAUCCUACAUUCUGACGGUUACCAUCACUUGUAGAUUGUGUAUUCUCAGUUUCGACUUUUUCCUCAUCAAUUUUUCUCCACACAGUUCUCAAAUUACAAUGAUAUCAUAUCACAUAGUUUCGAGACUAAAAACUAAAACUGGUACUAAUUUUAUUCCUAUAUUUUUAUUUUUAUGAACGCUGUCAUUAACUUUAUAUUUUCUAACUGACUUCUUUUUCUAAAAGCCUUGACAGAACAUAUCGUCUUAUUUCUCUAGGAAAACUCAUUUUGUAAAUUUUCCUAUCAAUCCCUCUUUUUCAACUAUUUUACUACCACCGCAGCUUUUAAAGCCUAAACAGGUUUUUUCCUCAAUCAUAUUUUAGUAUGCGUAAUUUUCCGCUCUCUAUUUGGAGGCUUUAAGAAAUGUAAUAAUUUCAUUUUUAAGCCAUCACUCUGUGAUCCAGGCCAGUAAAAAGUAUUUCAACGCCACUUUGAGGACACCUGAAAAAUAGCACUUUCAUUAAUGAACCUUUUUGAGACCGCAUUUUCUGAGUGUUUUGAAGAAUUUGGUGGUUUUACGGCUAAUAAGACAUGACAGUGAAUUUUUCAAACAAUAGAGCUCUUGCAUGCAUCAAGGUUUUGCAAUUUAAAUAAUUUUUUUCUCUAAAAUUGUCCUUUUUAAAGCUGUUUUUAAAGCUUGGGAGUUUGUUUCAGAGAAGUCCAGUGGCACCAUCUAAUGUCUUGGGAAAAUUUCAAUUAGUACCAGCACUUAAAUUGCAAAUCCUUGACGCUUGUUCCAUUUGAGUUUUGGGAUACCUGAUGAAACAAACAGAUUUUUCACCAGGCUUAAUUCUAUGAAGUUUUUCAACCAUCAAUAUUACAUCUUUAUAAUUCUUUUGUUGUUUGAAAGUUUACCUUUACUCCUUCAUGUGAGUUAAAAAUUAUGCAUAUUAGAAUGCAUCCUCAUUGUCUGCGCAAUCAAACUGGGCAGAGUAAAAGAAAAGGCCAAAAAUCAGAUUGCCAAAAGCAGAUGUUGCGAUGCUCUGAGUACCUCAAAAUGCCUUUCUUCUGCUCUGUCUGAUCUAAUUGCACAAACAAUCAUUUCCGUAGUAUAUUGCAACACUUCUUUCCCGUCCAGCUUGCAAGAUGUGAAUAGUAUUAUUUUGAGAUUUUUUGGUCCCUUCAGACUAUACCAUAUCAAUUUCUUUCGUUACCUGAAUUAUUUUGGAGGGUAGUUCCUUACGUGUUACUUUAAUUGAAUUGGUUUUUGUUAGACGGGCGUUAGUCCAAAAACUCAUGAGCCUCAGUAUUCGCAUCAACGAAAGCCAGGGCUCAUGAGAUUUUGGACCUACGCCUGUCUAGUAGGAACUGGUUCAAUUAUUACACUACUCAUUGUUCCCUUUCACAAUUCUUUAAAAAACGAUUAUAAACUUUGGUAUUUGUGUGGUUUUUACGAUAGAAUUUAAAACCGACCAUUACUCAAGUGUUCGUAGAAGUCUUUUGCUGAGCAGGAAUUUUGCACUCAGAAUACAUUUUCCAUAUGAGUCUUCAUCGUAAUAAAGUCACAUGUCUGUCUGAACUUAAAAACGACUUACCUUGAUCGUGGUGUUACAAAAUUUCUGCUCCCACUUAAUCUUUUCAAGAGAAUCAAGCCAAUUUUGUUGCUUGAAAUUUCGUAGGUAUAUUCUUCUAAUAGAGUGGAAGAAUAAUAAUAAAAAUGGACAAUCUUAGCAGCAAUGUGAAGGCAAUAAGUCAUUAUUCAAAAGAACUCCUUCAUUACAAAAUGUUAGAAUUACUAAGGAAUUGUUGUCUCUCAGAAGUUCGUUACUGUAGAAAUUUUUCAGUGCUGGAGGCAUCAAAAAAUCUCCAGAGCUACUUACUUUUAAGAUAUCUGUGCGCCUCUUGUAAACUAUUGUACAAAGUAUUCCUUAGAAUUUGUAAUAAAAUGUAUAAAUUGUAGAAAAUACUAAAUACUAAUGUACUAAAAAUGAUCUCUCGUGACGAGCAAAUGGAUUUUAUAUUUAAAUGUUCAUUUAGUUGAUGUGAUAAGUAGUUUUUAAUUUAUUAACUGUCAAAUUGCA